AUGUCCGGACUUCCAUCAUCAGUAGCAUUUGGAGAAGAAGAAGAGCCUGAUCUUCUUGAUAAGAUGUGGGAAAAAUCAAAGCAACAGCCGUUAGUACCAAUAGGUUCGUUAUUGACGGCUGGUGCUGUUUUUUUAGCAGCCAGAUCUAUGAAGCGUGGUGAGAAAGUCAAGACACAAAUCUACUUUCGUUAUCGUAUAGGUUUCCAAUUGGCAACAUUGGCUGCCUUGGUUUUGGGAGGGAUGUAUUAUGGUACUGAAACAAAAGAGUAUAAACAAUCUCGUGAAGAAAAAUUGAGAGAAAAGGCCAAACAAAGAGAAAAAUUAUGGAUUGAAGAACUUGAAAGAAGAGAUGCCAUUAUCCAAGCUAGAAAACAAAGAUUAGAGGAAAGUAAGAAAGAAUUACGUGAAUUAGCCAAACAAGGUUUUGAAGAAGAACAAAAUUCCCAGCAGAGUCAAGAAAAGAAUUAA